GCACAGAGGCCCCGGCAGCAGGGCCCACACCGGGAAAAGGCAGCUGACGUUGUUACGACUUGCUGGAUGAUUGGUGAGGUAAGAUGGCGGCGCCAGAGGAGCCAGAAUUAUCCCAGGCUCAGACUGAAAAACUCCUCCAGUUUCAGGACCUAACUGGGUUGGAGUCAAUGGACCAAUGUCGCCGAACAUUAGAGCAGCAUAAUUGGAACAUAGAGGCUGCAGUACAAGACAGACUCAAUGAGCAGGAAGGAGUUCCCAGUGUGUUUAACCCUCCACCAUCCAGACCAUUACAGGUCAAUACAGCAGACCAUAGAGUAUAUAGUUACAUCGUGUCAAGGCCACAACCCAGGGGAUUACUAGGAUGGAGUUACUACUUGAUAAUGCUACCAUUCAGAUUUACAUAUUACACACUUCUGGACAUAUUCAGGUUUGCCCUGCGGUUCGUCAGGCCAGAUCCGCGUGGUCGCGUGACAGACCCUGUCGGAGACGUUGUGUCCUUCAUUCAUAGUUUUGAGGAGAGGUAUGGUCGGGCCCACCCUGUAUUUUACCAGGGGACAUACAGCCAGGCACUGAAUGAUGCCAAACGGGAGCUCCGCUACCUAUUAGUGUACCUUCAUGGAGAUGAUCAUCAAGACACUAAUGAGUUUUGCUGCUCGACCUUAUGUACAGAAGAGGUCGUUACCUUCCUCAACACACAAAUGCUCUUUUGGGCAUGCUCAACCAGCAAGCCUGAGGGCUUCAGAGUGUCCCAAGCAUUGCGGGAGAACACCUAUCCAUUCCUGGCCAUGAUUAUGCUGAAAGAUCGCAAGAUGACAGUGGUGGGAAGGCUCGAGGGCCUGAUUCAGCCGGAGGACUUCAUCAAUCAGCUCACCUUCAUCAUGGAUGCCAACCAAACAUAUCUGAUGUCGGAGCGCCUUGAACGGGAGGAGAGGAACCAGACACAAGUGCUACGGCAGCAGCAGGAUGAGGCCUAUCUGGCCUCCCUCCAAGCCGACCAGGAGAAGGACAGAAAGAAAAGGGAGGAGCAGGAGCAGCUCAGGCAAGAGGAGGAGAAGGUUCUACAGACGGCUCUUGCUGAGGAGCGGAGACGAAGAACACUUGAAGAGGAGAAGGAGAGGAAGUCAGAAUGUCUUCCUCCUGAGCCGCCUGCAGAUGAUCCAGAGAGUGUCAAAAUAGUGUUCAAGUUGCCCAAUGACACACGAGUAGAGAGACGAUUCCUUUUUGGGCAGUCUCUGACGGUAAUAUACGACUUCCUUUUCUCAUUGAAAGAAACCCCAGAGAAGUUUCAGAUAGUUACAAACUUCCCUCGCCGAGUCUUGCCCUGCCUGCCGACUGAGGAGCAACCCAACCCGCCCACACUGAAAGAGGCAGGACUCAGCCGCUCUGAGGUCCUUUUUGUUCAGGACCUUACGGAUGAUUAAUAGAUGACAUACCUCCUCUACCUGGAAACACAUUUUCCCUCAAUGCCCAACCACCCUCUGCCCUUUUCUCAUUUUACUUUUGUCAAAUGGCCAUAUGCACAAGGGGGUUAUUGAGAUAAAAUCAUUACCUGGACUAAUCAAAACCACCCAGCAUCCAGUCCUUGUUUGGUUGUGUUUACAGGGUUCCCAGUAGCCUGGAAAAUCUUGAAUUUUAUCAAAUAAAUAUUUCUUCAAGUCCUUCCUCGAACUCAUCUUUAUAUCCCUGGCGAGAGAGAGGUGUGUUUUCCAUCGUCUGUACUAGUUAACAGUUAAUUGUCUUUCAAUACCAGUUGAUGUCACAGCAAAUUAAUUAAUCACCUAAUUAAAUGGUAGCAUAGCUUUGUCAAAACCACAACAAUUUCCUAAAUAAGUCCAUGUCAACCGGGAAACUGAGGAAGGCAGGUUGUAUUAACUACAGAUACACACAGGAUGCAACAGGAAGUUAUAGACUUCUAUGAUGGCGUGAAUCCCUUUUCUUUUCUUGAUGUUUGCUCCAUUUUGUCCUAAUUCAUCAACCUCUUUGCCUAAAGUUUACACACGCCUCCUUCAGUGGAUGACGAGCACAGACCUGGUUUUGGUUCGGUACUGCUGUGAUAAAUCAAUGUGGUCUGGAGAGCUAAUGUUCUACUUCAGGGAACAGGUUAAUGGAUUGGGACAUGAAGGAAAUAUGGGAACCCUGUUUUAAAUGAGCCAUGACCUGUACAUAAGUUAGAUAUUUAAAUCCUCCAAAACUUACCAGACUUUUUUUCUUUGUUUUUUGACUCAUCUGUCAUAUAAUGACCAAACGCAGGUUGGUAACUAUGUAAAGCAGACUGCCUCAAGCUGAUGAAGUUUAAAAAGACAAUAUUUAACAAAGGCCACAGCUUUUACAUGUGGCUUUAUCUAGCAUAGUACAAGUCUGCCCAUAGUGUGCCUGUGGUUACUCAUAAAUGCCUGUUUUGCCUGUAACAUCUGAAUGGGCUCAUGUAAAGAUGUAAUUUUCCAACUAUAAAUUAAAAACAUUUUAAAAACA